AUGUCCAUUGACGUUUGUAACAACGAUUCUCUUCUAUUGAAAAAAGCAACAGCAGCAGCAAGCAAAAAUGACAGUACGAAUGACACAAAAACCAAAAAGAACAGAUCUUCCUCGUUUAGCAAGUUGCAGACACUGGUUGCAUCUGUUUCAAGAAGAAGGACAAAGCAGAAAGGAACAUUGGAGUGCAAAUCAAAUGUGUCGCUGCCCCAACCACAGCCAGCACCAAUGCCUCAGUUACCACCAACAAAUCUAAAAUUAAAGCCCUCGUUGUCGGCAAGGCCGUUUUCUCAAUUCUUCUUCCCGUCAGCAAAAGAAGAAGAGGACGAAGAACCCACCAACAGACCCACAAGAGCCACUAUAGCACGGCAGAUAUCAUUCUCACCGCCAUCAUCAUUACAGCAAAAACAACAACAAACAAAAAAUCGGCAGCUUAACCGACAUUCUAUUGCGAUAGACUUUAUUGAUCGACAACAACAACAACAACAAACUGAAGAGAGCAACUCAUCCAGCAGUUCGUCCAGGUCAUCUUCGCUGAAGACCAUUCGCUUACUGGAUGAUUUCACCAUCAAGGAAGAAGAGGAGGAAGAGGAGAGGCAGUUCAUCAACACAGUCCAAUCAGAUAUUGCGCUAUCGUCGACAUCUAUUAAAAGAGAUUACUGUAUUUCUCGUUCUAUAUCUCAAAAUAAAGAAAAGAGGCUGUCAGGCGUAGUCAAUGUAGCACGAGCUCGCACUGUACUAGGAUUAGAUUCACUAAAAUCAAAAGAAACCCGAGCGAUUCAUGUUUGGAAAAAUACGAUUACACAAUUAUUAUCUGCAAACCCUGAUCAAGAUUACGUGGUUGAUAACGAUAAAAGUGAAUUGUACAAGAUCAUGGCACAUCCAGCAUUGACACCGGAAGAUCCACUAGAGAGACAAAGAUUUGUACGACAAUCAUCACCAAAGGACCUUGCCAUGGUGAAAUUCAUAUUGAACGAAUUGAUAGAAACCGAGAAAUCAUACAAUCAGCUGCUUGUGCUGAUCCAAGACAGAUACAUGCGGCCCAUGUUGGCUGCUUCUCAGGCAAAAGAUCCACUUGUAAAAUCAACUGAUAUCCCAAUACUGUUCAAUCAUCUGCCAGAGCUAGUGCAACUAUCCGACAAUUUGCUGCAGUCGUUUCAAUCUACCAGCAAUGUAGGGCAAGUGUUUCGGUCCUUUGAGUCCAGCUUUGUUGUGUUUUUGAAAUACGCCAUGCAUUAUAGGACAAACAUCAAAACAAUCAAAAGAGCCUGUAGUAAUGCACUAUUCAUCAAAAUAGAUCAGGAAAGCCUAUCUCGAAGAGACACAAAUCGAUUAGGCAUGUCAGAUUACUUUAUUGCACCCAUCCAGAGGAUACCGAGAUACUGUCUCAUGAUGAAGGAUUUGCAAAAGUAUGUUCAUCCAUUCGACACAAACUAUGCAGAACUAGAUUUGGCUUUGAAGAUACUGACCGGCUUAGCCGUUGCUAUGGAUUAUGAUCCCUACGGGACUCUAAUAAGUCACCACUUUAUGUGGGGAUCCCGGCCUCACCAUGGGCUUGGUGGUCAAGAAACGUUGGGGACAAGAUAUACCUAA